AUGGAUAGAGGAGCCUUGAAGGUAAGGCCCAUGGACGUCAGACCACCUGACGUAAGACCCGUGAACGAGAGACUCCUGGAUGUAAGAUCCCAGUUUGUAAGACCCGUGGAUGUGAGACGUAAGACCCCUGAAAGCAUGGCCUCUGGACGUAAGACCCCUGGAUGUAAAAACUCCUAUUCAUAAGAACACUGACCGUGAGACCCGUGGAUGAAAGAACCCCUGGUCAUAACGCCCCUGGUCGUAAGACCACUAGACGUAAGGUCCCUGAACGUAAGGCCACUGGACGUAACACCCUUGGACGUACGACCACUGGACGUAAGACCCCUGAGCGUAUAAAGACACCGGGAUGUAAGACCACUAAACUUAACACUGCUAGACGUAAGACCUUUGGAUUUAGGACCCCUUAAUGAAAGAACCCCAAUGUGUAAUGAAUGGCACUGAACGUAAGGCCUCUGGAUGUAUGAACACAUAAUCGUAAGCCCCCUGAUCGUAAGAUCCCUAAAAGUAAGACCUCUGCAUGUAAGACCCCUGAACGUAAGACCCAAAAAUGUAAGACACCUGGAUGUAAUACCUCUGGAUGUAAGAAGCGUGCACGAAGACCCCUGGAAUAUAAGAUCCCUUUUAUGUUCGACCGCUGGACGUAAUACCCCGGGAUGUAAGACCCCUGGACGUACGAUCAGAGUUAAAUUUUAAUCCGAGGUUGUUUUUCUUUUGUUAAAAAAGCAUUUUAUCAGAUAAUUUUCCCUAUUGUUUUUAGUGCAUCAAGUAUUAAACUUGUAGCAAAAAAGAAUUAAACUGAAUUGGCUUUUAUAGCCUUCAUUUCUGAAUUCAAAUUUCACACUAACCCUGGGUUAUCUUUACUCAGCUUUGAACAUCCCGGCCCUGGACGUAAGACCCCUGGUCGUAACACCACUGGACGUAAGCCCUUAACAUAAGACCACUGGACUAACACACCCGGACGUAAGACCUCUGCAUGUAAGACCCUUGGACGUAAGUCUCCAGAACUGUAAAACCUCUGGACUCCUGGAUGUAAGACGCCUGGAGAUAAGAUCCCUAAACGUAAGACCCCUGGACUUUGGACAAGUUGAUGUACGACACCUGGAUGCAAGAUCCCUUGAUGUAAGACCACUGUACGUAAGACCACUUGAUGUAAGACCCCUAGAUGUAAGAACCCUGGAUGAAAUACUCCUAGACAUAGAACAACCUGAACGUAAGACUCCAGGAUGUACGACCGCUGGACGUAAGGCCCCUGGACGUAAGACCUAUGGAUGA